UCUUCCUUUGCUUCACUGGAACAUCUUAUUGACAGACCUUCAAGAAAGGCUCUGAGUGGUGAUACCAUCUUUUGCUCUCUGGGGUCACAGAAGCAGUUAACUUUUCUAAUCCCCCAGUUUCAAGAUGGUGUCCAUUCCUUUACAUCUACUUACAAACAAUUCUUGCCUGAGCUCAUCUCUUUCUUGUAAUGCUUUGCUAAAAGCUGCAAGGAAGGAACAGCCAAUGCAUGUUCACGUUCUAUUUCAUUCCAGCACCUUCACCUAGAGCUUGGGCAGAGUUUCAAUACACAGUGCCUUGAAGAAGACAGAAGUUUAUUUUUCUCUCUUGUUGACAGUCCUGAGGAUGUUCGGUUCUUCUCCACAAUGAAUGAGUGUUACUAUGAUAAGCGGAUGGACUUUUUUUAUAAUAGGAGCAACACAGACACUGCCGAUGAGUGGACAGGAACGAAGCUUGUGAUUGUUUUGUGUGUUGGAACAUUUUUCUGCCUGUUUAUUUUUUUUUCUAAUUCUCUAGUCAUCGCAGCAGUGAUCAAAAACAGAAAGUUUCAUUUCCCCUUCUACUACCUGUUGGCUAACCUAGCUGCUGCAGAUUUCUUUGCUGGAAUUGCCUAUGUAUUCCUGAUGUUUAACACUGGCCCCGUUUCAAAAACUUUGACCGUCAACCGCUGGUUUCUCCGCCAGGGGCUCCUGGACACUAGCUUGACCGCCUCUCUGACCAAUUUGUUGGUUAUUGCUGUGGAGAGGCACAUGUCAAUCAUGAGGAUGCGGAUCCACAGCAACCUGACGAAAAAGAGGGUGACGCUGCUCAUUUUGUUUGUCUGGGCCAUUGCCAUCUUUAUGGGGGCGGUCCCCACACUGGGCUGGAAUUGCCUCUGUGACAUCUCUGCCUGCUCUUCCCUGGCCCCCAUUUACAGCAGGAGUUACCUCAUUUUCUGGACUGUGUCCAACCUUGUGGCCUUCUUCAUCAUGGUUGUGGUGUACCUGAGGAUCUACAUGUAUGUCAAGAGGAAAACCAACGUUUUGUCUCCACAUACAAGUGGGUCCAUCACCCGCCGAAGGACACCCAUGAAGCUAAUGAAGACGGUGAUGACUGUCUUAGGGGCCUUCGUCGUGUGCUGGACCCCGGGCCUGGUGGUUCUGCUGCUGGAUGGCCUGAACUGCACGCAGUGUGGCGUGCAGCACGUGAAAAGGUGGUUCCUGCUGCUGGCGCUGCUCAACUCAGUCAUGAACCCCAUCAUCUACUCCUACAAAGACGAGGACAUGUACAGCACCAUGAAGAAGAUGAUCUGCUGCUUCUCUCAGGAGAAGAACCCAGAGAGACGCCCCUCCCGCAUCCCCUCCACCAUCCCCAGCAGGAGCGACACGAGCAGCCAGUAUAAGGAAGACAGUAUCAGUCAAGGCACGGUCUGCAACAAGAGCAGUUCCUAAGCUGUGGGUGUCUCUGUGCCCACCCAGGCCUCCUCUGGGAGAGGAGCUGUUAAGAAUGGCUGCCUGCCUCUGACAACACCCACCUACAGUGUUAUUUGAGGUCUAAAUUAAUCACUGGCAGAUUUUUUAAAAAUCACUUUACAUAGUUUAAAAGCAUGAGCAGUAAAGAGAGGACACAGCACAUUUAGAGAAAAAGCACAAAAGAGGGAAGACAGCACAGCAGAUUCCUGAGUGAUGUUCUGUGAACCACUCAGAGGACCAUUCUGGGCCCUGCCGCCAUCUUGUAGCCAUUCUCUUUGUGCUUUAAAAGGAUGUUGUUAAAGGGCUUAGACCAAGAUAAAUAACGAUGUUACUUGAGCCACUUGCUAUAGCUGCUUGGAAAGCCUAUGUAGUUCUUUCUGCAUGCAUUUAAAAUUUUUUAAAUGCUUCAGCUAUAUUUGUUUCCUCAAAGAAACCGUGGCCAGUAGCUAGGUGUUCAAUAGGAAUCUCAGAAAAACAAAUCAGUAAGGGCUCCAGAUUAGAUUAGACUUGAUUUUUAAAUGAAAGAACAUUCUGAGGAAGAAGAUUUACUUAGAAACAAAAAAAAAGGGUAAACGUUAGAAACUUCUCUUAGAGCAGGAAAAAAGGCCUUGAUGUGAUCGCCGAAGUGUGCAUGGGUGUGUAUACACAUCUGUGUGUUUAUACAUUUCUAAUUUGUAGUUAAAGACCUCAAGGACAGUGGUAGUGAAAUAAAUUCACUGGCCAUCUAGACUUUUCAGUCUAGAACUAUAGCUGUAGAAAUGACCUGUUGUGCUCUAAAAGAAAAGAAAAAGAGGUGAUUCAUUUGCAAACAGACAUACAGCAAAGUAAAAGGUAUGUUGAUAAGUGGGCCUGAAUUCCUUUCAUAUAGGCCCAUAUAUGAGCUUGACUUGAGUCCUUAUUUUCAGUUAACUCCAUACCACUGGUGGCUUGUCGGAUUUUAGUAUAUGGAAUAAUUUUCACAUUUCAUAUUUUGCUUACAGUUAUUGACAUGUUUCUGGUACUUGUCUUACAUAUGGACUGAAUUUUGAUCUGAGUUCUCUUUUAAAAUUUUCGCCUUCAAAUACGUGAGCAACAUGAAAGGCAAGUCAGUAAGAAAAAUAAAAAGCUCCAGACACACAGGCUACUGACCAAAGUUUUUUAUAUAAAGCAUUUAGAAUAUAUUCUGAUUUUAAAAUAAGAAUAACUUCAAGGCAGAUAUUAUAAUAUUUAUGUAGUUUGCAAAAGAAGUUUACAUUUUUUUUUGCUAUUGUGAUGUAACAUUUAUGUGCAAGAACUACUUGUAAUAAAAGGAUUUGAAAAGUCAUGCUUUUAGAUAUAAUGGCCUAAAAUAGAGAGUAUUAUGAUUUGAAGGUGUAGAUGUCACAAACUCCAUGUAGUAUAUGGAGUGGAGUAUAUCUGAAGCUUAUAUCAAGAACACCUAUAAAAUUAAAUAAAGAAUUUGUUCUCUCUUGUU